AGGGGAUCCGCGCUUCGCUCUCCUCGCGGGUUUGGAUGUGCCCUGUGCCGUGGCGCCUGCUUUGUGGCGUUUCAGGAAUGCUCUGGAGGCCAAGGCACCUCCAGGCCUCGGCGCUGGCUGUAGAGCGUGAGAACGGGCAGAAAAUCGCGUUAUUUUGGGUCCUGUGCAGAGUCAGAUGCAGUUUCCCCCUGGCUAUGGCUCACAUCCUCCAAACUACAGUGCGCCUUCAGGACACUAUUCCCAAGUGCCCAAUAAAGCUGCUGCUUCACAUCUGGAUCAUCAGUAUAGAGCCAGUUACUACCCUGGUUACUAUUCAGCACCAGCACAAAAUGUUAUGACACCUUCUGUGGGUAGCACUGUGUUGAAUGCACAGGGAUCGCAACAGUUGUACAACAAAACUCCUCCCCAUACAGGGGGGUCAAGUGACGGACCUGUUCAAGGAGCAAUAUCAUCUGCAUCUUACUUACAUAUGAGUGCUCAGCAGUCAUACUCAGCAUUUGAUAAUCACUACAGCACUUCUGUCAGCUCUUCGGUUGCAUCUCAGGGAUUUCCCCUUAAUUCUGAUCACUAUGCCAUGCCCGUGGUUUCUGGUGCCAUGUAUCCUAAUGUUCCCUAUCCUCCUGCGGCUGCUGGCAGUGCGUAUGGGCAGACAUUUACCUCUCAGAGUCUACCUACUGUUGGACAGUUCAAAGAGACAAAUGCUUUUUCUAGCCAGAGUACAUCUGUACCUCAUUCACUUCAACAGCAUGUUCCUGCGGGAUAUAAUACAACUUUAUCAACUAUUUCAUCUGCCCAGUCUGUUCAAGACAACCUCUGCAGGAAUCUCCCUGGAUCCGUUGCAAAAGUAAACAACCAAAUAAAAACAGGUGGCAUUGAUUCUUCACAGCCCGUGCACUCAGUGAGCCAGAAUGUUCCAUUUACCAAGCCUGGGGUUGGAACAUCUGCUUCCUCUGCCGUGGUCUCGUCAGUAAGGUCACCUGCUCCAAGCCUCUCUUCACAGCCAUCAUCUUCACCAUCUGUUACGCAGUCACCAGAGCUGGCCCUUCAGGAAGGCAUGCAGUAUGGUGGAUAUGUUAAUAAUCAAGCUAACUCUGCACCAGCUCCCUUGUCAUCAAGUUCAGAUGAUGAGGAAGAGGAUGAGGAGGAUGAGGAAGCAGCACUUGAUAGUUCUUCUACUACAAGCAGUGCCUCUCCUGUUCUGAACAAUUAUGAUGCCCUGGAAGGAGGUGGCUAUCCAGAUACACGUUCUGUGACCAGCAGCCCAGUUCCUGCUCCAUCAGUCCCGCAAACAUCAAAAGCUUCAAAGCCCUUUGGUUAUGGAUAUCCAGCACUGCAGCCUGGCUACCAAAAUGCAACACCAACUACUCCUGUGCAGCCCAGUAAUCCAGGACACCAUCCUGGUUUUCAACACUAUCCACAGCAAUAUCCAGGUGUGAACCAGCUGUCCUCUUCCUUAGGAAGCUUAAGUCUACAACAUUCUCAGCAGCCAGAAAGCUUGAGACCAGUAAACCUUACACAUGAUAGAAAUAUUUUGCCAGUGUCUUCAGUUCCAGCACCUGUGCCUAACUUGAAUUCUGAUCUUAGGAAAUUAAACUGCAGUCCAGACUCAUUUCGAUGUACAUUGACAAAUAUUCCACAAACACAGGCUUUGUUAAACAAAGCUAAGCUUCCUUUGGGUUUGUUGCUGCAUCCCUUCAGGGACCUAACGCAAUUACCAGUAAUAACAUCAAGCACAAUAGUAAGAUGCAGAUCCUGCAGGACGUAUAUCAACCCUUUUGUUUCUUUCAUUGAUCAAAGGAGGUGGAAAUGCAAUCUGUGCUAUCGAGUUAAUGAUGUUCCUGAAGAAUUUAUGUAUAAUCCUCUGACACGGUCUUAUGGAGAGCCUCAUAAACGGCCAGAGGUGCAAAAUUCUACAGUGGAAUUCAUUGCUUCCUCAGACUAUAUGCUUCGUCCUCCUCAGCCUGCGGUAUAUUUAUUUGUUUUAGAUGUGUCACAUAAUGCAGUGGAGGCUGGAUAUUUGACAAUAGUCUGCCAGUCAUUGCUGGAAAACCUAGACAAGCUGCCUGGAGACUCAAGAACAAGAAUAGGGUUCAUAACGUUUGACAGCACUGUUCAGUUUUACAACUUGCAAGAAGGUUUAUCUCAGCCUCAGAUGCUGAUUGUCUCAGAUAUUGAUGAUAUUUUCCUGCCUACACCAGAUAGUUUACUUGUAAAUCUCCAUGAAAGCAAAGAGCUGAUAAAAGACCUAUUGAAUGCAUUACCAAAUAUGUUCACUAAUACAAGAGAAACACACAGUGCAUUGGGCCCUGCUCUUCAGGCUGCAUUUAAACUGAUGUCUCCAACGGGUGGUCGGAUAUCUGUCUUUCAAACUCAGUUACCAUCCUUGGGAGCGGGGCUUUUGCAUUCCAGAGAAGAUCCCAAUCAAAGGUCAAGCACAAAGGUGGUCCAGCAUCUUGGUCCAGCAACAGACUUUUAUAAGAAGUUGGCACUGGACUGUUCAGGCCAGCAGACUGCUGUGGAUUUGUUUCUCUUAAGUUCACAAUAUUCUGAUCUAGCUUCUCUGGCUUGCAUGUCCAAGUAUUCUGCUGGAUGCAUCUAUUACUAUCCAUCUUUCCAUCGUACCCAUAAUCCUGCUCAGGCCGAAAAGUUGCAAAAAGACCUGAAAAGAUACCUUACAAGAAAGAUUGGAUUUGAAGCAGUUAUGCGCAUAAGAUGUACAAAAGGUCUUUCAAUACACACUUUUCAUGGGAACUUUUUUGUACGAUCUACUGAUUUGUUGUCCCUUGCUAAUGUCAAUCCUGAUGCUGGAUUUGCAGUACAAAUGUCCAUUGAAGAAAGUCUGACUGACACAUCAUUGGUUUGUUUUCAAACAGCUCUUUUGUAUACUUCCAGCAAAGGUGAACGGCGCAUUCGAGUGCACACACUUUGCUUGCCUGUAGUAAGUUCAUUGGCUGACGUAUAUGCAGGAGCAGAUGUACAAGCAGUUGUCUGCCUCUUAGCCAACAUGGCUGUGGAUCGCUCAGUGUCAUCUAGCCUUGCAGAUGCAAGAGAUGCCUUAGUUAAUGCCGUGGUAGACUCCUUGGCAGCAUACAUGUCAACUGCCUCAAAUCUGCAGCAGUCCAUGCUGAUAGCACCAAAUUCCCUCAAGCUGUUUCCACUCUAUAUUUUGGCUCUUCUCAAACAGAAAGCAUUCAGGACAGGCACGAGCACUCGCUUGGAUGAUCGUGUAUAUGCAAUGUGCCAGAUGAAGAGCCAGCCUCUUGUUCAUUUGAUGAAAAUGAUACAUCCCAACUUGUACAGAAUAGACAAGUUGACUGAUGAGAGUACAAUACAUGUAAAUGACAGAGUUGUUCCUCAGCCACCUCUUCAGAAGUUGUCUGCAGAGAAGUUGACAAGAGAAGGAGCUUUUCUUAUGGACUGUGGCUCAAUUUUUUACAUUUGGAUUGGAAAAAACUGUGAUAACAGCUUCAUAAAAGAUGUCCUUGGAUACCCAAACUAUGCAUCAGUUCCACAGAAAAUGACGCAGCUUCCUGAGGUAGAUGCACUUUCUUCAGAAAGAACACGAUCUUUUAUAUCUUGGCUUAGAGACAGUAGACCUUUAAGUCCAGUUCUUCAAGUAAUAAAAGAUGAGAACCCUGCCAAAACAGAUUUUUUUCAGCAUUUAAUUGAGGAUCGGACAGAAGCAGCUUUCUCAUAUUAUGAGUUCUUACUUAAUAUUCAACAGCAGGUUUGUAAGUGAUCAAGGAAUAAAUAGAAGAAAAAUUCUGACUUCAGACAGAAGCAUGGGCUGAGAGAAGCAUAUGGGAAGUUACAGAAGUGGAUGCUUGUUCUUCACAAUAUACAGUGACAGCACUGUUUUGGAAGCUUUACAGCUAAAGAAGUAUACAUUUCCAAAAGAAUUUUGCAGAUUUACUUCAGUCUCAAAGUGCUAGGAGUGAUGAAGCUGUUUCACUAGUAAACUUUAAAAUUGGUUUGUACACGUAUCCAGUUGUGCAGCGGUAUGGUGCUCUGUUUAUUGCAAGCUGGUGAAUUUAUGUAGCUAUGUGGGAUGAUAUUUCUUAACAAAAUGUACAAUUAGGUAAAGCCUUUUUUCUUACAUUUAUUAUAGUAGCCCUUCCAGAUCCAAAUCCUUAACAGAGAUGUCAAAGGGCAGUGAUGUAUGUUGGUUGUUUAUAUGAAUUUCUUUUUAAGAGGAAUGAUUCAUAUUUACUAAAGACUUCAGCAAAUUCCCUGUGAAAGUUGUAGAGUUUCAGUAAAGUAAAUCAAUUGUAGAAAUAAAAUAUAUAAUGUACAUAAGUAUUACAUUUGUAAAGAAAAUGUAAAAAAUGUAACUAAAAAAAAGACUUAGCUCAGUGUGCAGAAUUGUUGAGUGCUCGAUGAUGAUGAGUUGUUUUGUCCCAGGCUAGGCAAUGAAGUUGACUAAUAAAAACAUGCUAAAAAAUGUAUCAAUGUAGAAGGAAUACAGCUGCUUCUUCUGUUAAUUUUAGGUGAAUUUAUUUAUGAUUGGCUUACUAAUUAACAAUAUUUUGCUUUAUCAUGUGGUUUUAUAUUUAUGUAAGUAUAACCAUUUUGCAACUAAACUCUUACCGAAAUGAAUAUUGAAGAGAACAUGUUUACCACUUUAUUUCACAGAUCUGUGGAAGGGAGGAGAAAACACUGCAUAAUCUGAAAUGAGCUUUUAAUACAAAAUUCCUAAACCCCUUCUUAUGUAUUAUCCUCAAGAAGGCAUAUCUAUUAACUUUGUUUUAUGUUCUGUAACUACUGUAGUCUUGGUCGAGGUUUCUGUAAACUUGUGUUGUCUGCCCUUUAGAGUAAGUGUGGGUAAUCACUCACACUUGUUGGUUUGAAUUCUACUGUGAUCUAAAGAAAAAGAAGAGGUGAUGUAAAAAUUAAUUACCUUACAUCAGUGAAAGUAAAGGCUUUAAAAUGACAAAAUUCAAAAUGUAAUCACACUUGCGUAUUUCAGAAACCUUGUUCUUGCUAAUGUUUUGGUAACUCAACGGUUUGGGCUUUUUGAUAGAUUUAUGUCAGAUUUUUUAAUUUGAUUGUUGAGAUGGUUUUGUUAGGUUGUUUGUUUUUUUUUUUUAGAGACACAUUAGAAUUAAUGCAUAAAGCACAAUCACUCAUACUUAGUAUUCUGAACUUAUCUGUUUGUUUUAAUGAAAUGUGACUACAAUUAAAUAAUUAAGUACGAAAAAAGUAAAUUAUGAUUAGUAUGAUUACAUUUUAAUUUAAUGUAGCCUCGAAGAUGCUAACGUAUUUUAAGUGCUAUAGCCCCUGAAUCAAAUAGUCAAGGAGAAAAUGUACUAGCUAUGGUUUGCAAAUGCUUUAAAAGCUACAAUAAUUAAAUUCCGCAAGUAGUGUUAUUCUGCAUGUUAGCACAAACUCAUUGUUUGGAGAAGAUACCUUAUAAGUUAUAUUUGUGUGCUGUCCUUUACUACAUGUGUUUAAGUUACCCAAAGAUUACAAAAGAGAAACUUUCCAUUUAGUAGAUCAAUAUUGUGUAAUAAAUGUCUGCGGCAAUGCUGAAUGUUGUCCCUAAAUGAGACCUCUAGGAUCUCAGUGCUUGUUUGUAGAUUAAUUUGCAUUGGGUGAAAGCUGAAGCGUGGGGCACCUUAAAAAUCAUUUAUAUUUGCAAAGACAAGAAGGACAUGUUACAGUUUAAAUGCUCCAUGAUAGAUGCUUCUGAUUUGUGAGUUUGGUAUUGAUAUCUGGGAACACCGUAUGCCAUGAUUAAUUGCAACAUAUUCUGUAAAAUCAUUUCUUAAAGCUUUAUUCUUCUAUGGGGUUUUGUAUAUAAAAAUUAUGAAAAGUACAUCUUGAGAGCUAUUUGUUCAGUAAAAUUAUUACACAGCACAGAGAAUAUAGUUUUUUUAUUAUUAAUUUUAGAGCAUACCUCCAUUGUGACUGAUGUGUGGUUUAAAUUUUAAAAAGACAGUCUCAUGGAAAUAUCUUGAUUUUGAAACAUCUCAGGAUUCAGGAUACUGAUUUUAGUGGUUUGAUCAAUAGAAUAUCUGUAGGCAUGGCAAGAGUACCUCUCUGAGGAGGGCCUGGCGGUCGUGGUGGACAACAAGCUGUCCACAGUCCAGUGUGCCCUUGUGGCCAAGAAGGCCAAUGGUAUCCUGGGGUGUAUUAGGAAAAGCACUGCCAGCAGGAAAUGGGAAGUGAUUCUGCCACUCUACUCAGCCCUACUGAGGCUGCAUCUGCAGUGCUGUGUCCAGUUCUGGGCUCCUCGGUAAAAGAGAGACAUGGAGGUCCUGGAGUGGGCCUGGUGGAGAGAUACAAAGAUGAUGAAGGGACUGGAGCAUCUCUUAUAACAAAAGACUGAGGGAGCUGGGCCUGUUCAGCCUCGAGAAGAGAUGACUGAGAGGGGACUGUGUCAAUGUCUAUAGGUAUCUGAAGGGAGAGCGUCAGGAGGAUGGAGCCAGGCUCUUCUCGGUAGUGCCAAGCAAUAGGACAAGAGGCAAUGGGCAAAAACUGAAUAGUUCCACCUGAAUAGGAGGAGGAACUUCUUUACCAUGGGGGUGAGCACGCACUGGAACAAAUUGGCCAAAGAGGUUGUGGAGUCUUCCUCACUGGAGAUACCCAAGAACCAUCUGGAUGCAAUCCUGUGCAAUGUGUUCUAGGAUGACCCUGCUUGAGCAGGGAGGUUGGACCACAUGAGCCCACCAUUUGGUCCCUCCCAACCCUCAGUACUUUGUGAUCUAAAAGACAGUUUUUCUUACAAUGACUUGGAUCACAAGAUAUACAUCAAAAGACUAAUUCCUACCAAGGGAUGUACUGUGAAGCUCAAUAAGCUUAUUGCCUACUGAGUAAGGUUUUGGAGAAGAGAUAAGAGGUAUGCUUUCAUAUCUGCUUAAAUAAAGUGCUGAACUGUCCAAGGUAGCUCUCCAGCCGUUUUAGGGAUUGAACUUUUCCCAAAACGCCUUCUACACCGCAAAUAUAAAUCAUGCCUAUUUGCCAGGGAAGAUGUCCCCCAGCCCCAGCUAAGUCAGUCUUUGGGUGAUCAGUUCAAAUUCUCAGUAUUUUAAAUAUUGACACUAGGUGUCCCUUUUCAUGUCUUAGUUCUAAAAGCAACAUCUUGUACCUCUUUUAAGUAGUAUGGAAGUUCCUGUGGGAGAAAUUAAGCUCUUACAAUGGUAGGACACAUAAUGCAGCCUCCAAGAAGAGUUAUUGAUCUUGAUUCUUUAUUUUGUUCUUAAGCUUAUUAGAAAUAAACCCAUUUAUUAAUCUUGCUUAACCUGACAAAGGAGAAAAGAUGACCAGGUGCAGGUAAUUUUGUUUGGCUUUGGUUUUCUGUACUUUUUGUCAUGUACUGAAAAGAUGGUUUUGUCAAAGAUCACUUGUUAGUAAUACUGAGAGUCAAGAGCCUUUCAGUAAUUUUAAAUGUGGAGUCAUGUUUUUUUAGGCCAAGUAGAUCUUAAGAAUUUGAUGCUAAAGUUACAAGGUAUGGGACACAAAUGGGUUAAUGAGAAAAUAAUUGCAACCUCAGUCAGUGAUUUCUGUAGUUAGAAGUAUUAGCUUAUGUAUAAAAGUCUGGAAAGAUCUCAUUUUGAUUUCAGUUUUAGAGUAUAUUUUCUCCCUGUGCUGUAUUCUGAUAGUGGGCAGGAUAUAACCCUUAAAAUACCAUUUUCAGUGAUGGGGAGUGUGGAGGUAUGAGGCUGAAAAUGCCAAUGAAUGUGUCAGUUACUGUAUAAAAUUACUUGAGUGACUUCUUGCUUAAAAGCAGUUAUUUGGAUUUCAAUGCAUGUUAAAUCUUUUAUAUGAAAUUUUCUGGUAAUUUGUUCUGAAAAAUGGUGGAGGGAUGUUUACAUACACCAUUGCUUCUCAAAUUUUCAUAAUUAGAAUCAGAAAUAUUUCUGAGUUUUAGCAUACCAGGAUUUUUGGUACAGUUGUGUUGGGAAUUUUAACAGGGGAAUGGAGAGACUGUAGUAAUGUUUAUUUCUUUACCUGUCAGCCUCUAGAAUUAAAAAAAAGAAAACCAUUUCUAGAAGUCUAGCAUGUCUUUACUUAAACUGAUGUUAUGUAAUAUUCAAAUGUAGGAAUCUGGAAAAGUAUGCUUACAACUAUUGCAAUGAACUGAGAUUGAAGUCUCUCUAUAGAAUAUUUUGGUUUUCCUCACAAGCUACUGAUGAUGCCUUUUCAUGAAAAAUCCAAAGGCAUUCUACUUACUUGAGUGUAGCAAGAGAAUUCUCACAUGAUUAGUGUUGUGUAAAAGAUUAUCACAAGAGCAAUGAAAAUUCAAAUAACUACAAAAUAGAUCUUUCUUCAGUUUAUGCCUCAAUCAUGAAUUCUUACUGUUUUCCACUUGCAGGGCCUUUGUGUUUUCCUUUACAAUUUUGAUAACUAGAAAAAAAUUAAAUACUUCACAGAAUUUCUUCUUAUUUUCCUUUGAGGGUCCUUAGCAAAACUGAUGGAGCUGCCUAAUUAGGAGUAUCAGUCAUGCACAAGAUUUUAGCAGGUGCACACUACAAAAGAUAAAUAGAGGAGAUGGCAGAACUCCUGGAAACAUUUCACGACCUGUUUAAAAAAAAGCAAUUUUGAAAAGGAGAAUGAGUUUUAAUCCUUUUUCUUGCACUUGUUCAUGUUUAUGAUUAUCUGGUUUAUAUUUUCUUAAAGCUACUUGCAAGGGUUUUAUUUGAUUUUUCAGAUGUUAAGAGGAGCCUAUCCUAGAGGCAUCAGCAAAUACGGAUCUCCAGUUACACCCUUAAUCAUGUUACCAUUCAGAGAAGAGUGGGAAUUUUACACAGGUCAGGAGUGUUGGAAGGAAGUACUGUUAGGCUAGCAAUUAGUAUAAUGCUAUUUUUCUUGUGUUUAUCAAUGUGAGUAGAAAGCCUCUGCUUGCAAGACACUGAGCCUUUGUGGGAUUCUUGAGUGAAGUGAUUAUUGGCAUAAGAAUCCUCAAGCAUGAGAAAGAGUUGGUGAUAAUUAACCAUCUUGGUAAUCUGUUAGCCAUAGGAAAUACUAUUCUUAUAUUAUUUGAAAAUAUGUUUAAAAAUAAUAAAAUGUUUUAAUGUUAGAAAAUCAUUUGGGGAGGGAAAGUAACAUUUAGGAAAAUACUUUUUAUUGUUAACAACUUCUGUAGAUAUGAUGCUUUCAAAUAUUUCUGCAGGCUGUAAAUUUCAGCUUUUAUGAAUAUAAAAUGUUACUAAAAGUUAUCUGAUCACCUAAUGCAGAAGCAAAGAAAAAAAGUAAAAUAUGUAGCAGUCAUCCAUAGCUAAGGAAUUCUUUCUGCUCUUCUCUUUCUUUUUAGCAGCUGAAUACAAUGCCUUCGUUAUCUGAAAUAAAGCUUAGGAGAAGCCAGGACUAAAAGUAAAAGUAGAAUCAGUGGUAUACGUGCUGGAUGUCUUCAUCCAGCUUGCUGAGCAUGUGCAGAGCUUCAGAAAGAUUGGUGUUUUGACUGUCUAUCAAGUUUAGCAAUUUCUUGCAAUAUGGCUGUAUUUCUAAGUGCCUUAUAUGUUUAUUUAAAAUAAAAAGCCAUCUGAGUUUCCAAGCUUCCCCUUUUCCCUCAUCGAAGCUAGUAUUUCUAAUUACCAAAACUAUUUACAUUAAGGAAUAAUUUAUUCUUGGAGAGCGAGCGUGAAAUCUUUCAGCCUUCUAAAUGCAUUUUGAAAUUUUUAAGUUCCUGGAAAAAGAUUGGAAACUGCCUCUGCAGCCAUGACUCCAGCAUCUCUAGCAGUGCACAUGGAUUGGUUCUGCAGGAGGAACGCAGCCGUUGAGGAAAGCAGCGCACAAGGGCUCUGUCAGCUGCUCCAUCACCAUCAUACCACAGCUGGAUCAUCGAGCAGAGUUGCCCAUUCACCUUCUCUGACAUCCUGUCUCCUUUAAGAGUAACCGGUAUCCGAUGGUCAGGGUGAAACUUGAGAAAGCCCUAGUGUGUAAGCUGCCCUAUCCCAAGUCACGUCUCUACCGUAUGUAUUUAGAGAUCACCUUGGUAUGUAAAACCCUGUCAGCAUUUUUGUUAAUUGGAAUAAGUGAGUAUUGUUGACCAUAUAUUGAAUAAUUUCUUCUAAUGAAAGGUUUUGCAAUCUAACUACGCAAUCUGUGGAGAAAAAUUUUUUUUCUUCUUUCUGAGAGAUGCUGAGUGCUCUGUAGCUUCUUGAGGUGGAGAGAACAGGAGGUAGUAAACUGCUCUAUACCCUUCUUUCUUCAGUACACUGUUAUGUUCUCUCCUUAAUUUACUUUCUAAGGCUUUUCUAAGUUUCUCUGUGUGUUUAAAUUUCUGAUGGUGUUCAUCUGUUCUUCCCAUACCACUUGAUAAGACUAUACUUGAGAUAAGGUGCAUAGUACUAUGCAAGGUAUCACAAACGGUAUUGCAUGAACUGAUUUACGUAAAGGUAAAUCACCAAUCUUUUCCCUUUUCUACUCUUUUUCAUCCUAACUUCUUGUUACCACAAACUUUGUUAACCAGUAAUAUCUGGGUCUUUAAAUAAGUGUGUAUGUGUUUGUGUUAUGGCUUCCUAAAGAAGUUUAAAAAACCCAAAACAAACCAGAAACCUGUGAACUGUUGGCCCUCCUCAGUGGCAGUUUCCUAAAUUCAGCGGAAUUUUUCAGCUCCUUACUUCAAAGUUUAGCACUUGCCUUAAAAAGACAACUGGAAGUAACCAAAAUCACAUAGAAACUAUGCAUGUUGUGGAAAAGGUCUAGGCAAGACUGCAUGACUUCCUGAAGCAAGAGUUAGGACUUCUAGGAAUGUCCUUCUGCUUUAACUUGUGAAUUUUAUGUGACUCAAAUGUAAAAUGACUUAGAAACAAGCCUUUUCUCCAAUACAUUGCUAUGGUCCUGGCAGUUUUUCUUCCUUAGCCUAAAACAAUAACAGGGCAGACAACAUGAUAUCACCUCAAAGGAAAGGAGGACUAUUAUUCAUCCGAAGAAUAUUACCACAAAACCCUUGCACAAACAUACUCUGUAAAACAGGCAGAUGGAGUACAAUGUUCUGGGGAGGGAUGAGGGUUGGAGUGGAUGCUCAGAUCCCUGAAUAUCUAUAUAAAACAGGAUGUCAGAAUUUUUAGAAUGAAUAUGGUUGUGACUCAUAUUGUUUGUGCUCAGCUCUAGUGGUCAUUUGCAAUGUGUAAUGUAAAAUGACUUAAACUAAGAAAAAGAACUUGUGUAUCAAGAUGUGCAUGACUUUCUGUAGUGUGGUGAAUGUUUAUGCUUGUUCUAGGAGUCAUUUGUUAGUGUUAUUUGCAGGUUUUGAACUGUAUUUAUUUCAGUUCCCCUCUUUCACUUUGAUUGGACUCUUCUGAUUACACUUCUUGAUUAUA